UUACAUUCCAACACAUAGAUAAACUCUUUCACAGUUUUAUAAUUUUAUUAUCUUUCUUUUCGUUUGAAAUCUUUGUGGAAAAAAAUGGCUAAUGUUGGAAACACUAGUGGGUCUACUCGUUAUGAAGAGCUUGGUCGUGAAUUGAAGCAGCUGAAUGAUGAAAUUAAGAAGCUCGACGUGGUUGAUUUUCGUGCCAUUGAAGAAUUAAAUAAGAAGAUAACUGAUGUGGCAACGAAGUUGAAAGAGUUCUAUGAGAAGAGGAAAGAAACUGUGAAGGAGAUGAAGGAAACCCCACAGUGAUAGGUUACUUUUACUUUUCCAGUGAAGCUCUCUCUUAUAGAUAAAUAAAUAAUUGAAAUGUUGUUAUAUAUGCGUCUAAACUCUGAUUAGGAGUGAUAGACAAGUUAAUUAUUUUACUUUUCUUGAACAAUUUAAGUCCACUGAGACUUUCUUGUAAGUAAAUAAUUGGGAAACUCUUAUGAGUUAUAUAUAAAUAGACAUGGUUGUUUCAA